AUGGGACCGUUAAAAUCAUCAGACAAGGCUACACGGCCCAGGUUUGUGGAGCUCAGAUCUUCCAAAUGGUUCAUUAUAUUCGUCGUGUCUUUCGCCUGCGCCACAGAUAUCUUCAUGUACGGUCUGAUCGUGCCCGUGACACCAACCGCGUUGAAAGAACGAGUUGGCGUUCCUCCUGAAAAAAUACAAGCAUGGACAUCAAUUCUUCUUGGUUUGUUCUCGGCAUCUAUGCUCGCUUUCUCGCCCAUUGUCGGAUACGCCACGGAUCGAGCCGGAUCGCGGAAAUGGCCUUACAUGUUUGGUCUGAUUGCACUGGCCGCAGCAACAGGCUUGCUAUCCAUCGGAUCAACUCUCGGAUUCUGGAUUGCUGGACGGCUAUUUCAGGGAGCUGCGGGAGCAGUUGUUUGGAUUGUUGGAGUUGCGUUGAUGGCUGAUGCUGUUGGUCGAGAUGGUCUGGGCCAAGCUCUUGGGUAUCUGUCGAUGGCUUCCAGUGUUGGAACGCUCACAGGACCGCUCCUCGGAGGUGUCCUGUAUGAGAAAUGCGGAUAUUACUCUGUCUUCGGUCUUGCGUUUGGAUUAAUAGGGCUCGAUGUCCUCCUGCGAUUUAUUCUGAUUGAGAGAAAGGAUGCGAUCAAAUGGCUUGAGCCGGAGAUGAGACCACUUGUGUUUGCGCAGAUUGAGCCAGGAGAUAUGACAGACUCGCCUCUUCAUGGCGUCCUUGAGCGCAUGGGCUUCCUGCUUAGCUCGUCGCGUCUUAUGGCAGCUCUUUGGGGGAACUUUGUCGUUGCACUGUUUCUAUCCUCCUUCGACAGUGUCCUCCCAUUGUUCGUGCAGGGGGUCUUCCAAUGGCAGCAAAGUGGCCAGGGAUUGAUCUUCAUCCCUCUUAUUGUGCCCCAUGUCUUUGAUCCGGUGACUGGGUAUAUCAUCGACAGAUUCCCACGAUCGGCUCGCUUUAUUACCGCCGGGGCAUUCUUCAUGAUAGCACCCCUCCUCGUCCUUCUGCAACUUGUAACGGACAACUCUAUGCAUGACAAGAUCGUACUAUGCGCUCUCCUUGGUGGCAUUGGCCUCUGUCUGUCUGUGACGUUACCCCCUCUUGAUGUAGAGAUAUUCAACAUCGUUGAGGAAAAGGAGAAGCAAAGACCUGGUGCUUUCGGUGCUGGUGGAGCUACGGCGUUGGCUUUCGGCUUGACAAAUAUGGGAUUCUCUGCAGGCAAUCUCAUUGGACCUUUCUUUGCUGGUUUCAUUCGUCAAGAAGCUGGCUGGGGCCCGAUGAGUUGGGCAUUAGGGUUGAUGGCCGUGGUAUCGGCUAUCCCGAUUUUGCUCUUCAUGGGCGGUUGGAUAUUGAGUGAGCCUGAAAGUUCGGAGAACGGUUCCAGAGAGGGUCCAGACGCAGUCACUGUUUCUGAACCAUGA